UUUUGCAAUACAUAUCGUUAUCGUUCUAUCGCCCAGCUCUAGUGACAAGUUUAUUCUUGGACUGAGCAGUGAAAACAGAGCAACAAGUGUCAUCAGUAUCGAAGACUUAGUAGACCUAGUAUGGACUCGUGUUGAUUGUAAGACCAGAAUGACAAAAAGAAAGGCCAGUCCUGAAAAAAAGACCCCCAUAAAAAGAAGGAGGGUCAGUGAGCAGGCUGGUCCUUCCACCAGCUCAGAUGCUCAUGUAGUCAAAGGAGUCAAGCGCAAGGUCCAACAAGAUGAAGUGGGGACAACCAAUACAGCAAAAAGUGCAAACUUCUUGACCAUAUGAGCGGUGACAAGGGGCAAGCAUCUUCCUGGUUGGACACUGGUAAAGACUGCAGCAUAGACAUUUCAGAGAGCUGCAGUAAAAACCAAAAUGCUGGCAAAAGGAAAGCUGCGGGAGACAGGAGGGACCCACCUAAGAAGAAGAACGUGGACCAGGACAAAACCAAAAAUGUUGCCAAAAAGUCAGUGGCCGAACAGAAACGUGACUUCCAAGCGAGAUACGUGGAGGAGCACCGGCUUGGAGGAGGCGGCUGCGGAGCAGUGUUUGCUGGCUACCGCAUAAAAGAUCAUUUUCCAGUCAUUCUGAAGCAGCUGGUUGAUGCUGCGAAGCACCUGGAGGAUAAACACAUCUUUCACCGGGACAUCAAGAGUGAGAACAUUCUAAUUGAGACCGGCUCAGAUGUACCGCGUGUUCGUAUCAUCGACUUUGGACUGAGCUGCUUUGUUAAGGAGCGGUCGCUGUACCGCGUCUUUUAUGGUACAGACAUUUACUCCCUCCCGAGUGUGGUUCUGUACUGA